CGGCCGGACCCCCGGAUGCUGCGGGGCCUGUGCGCCUUGCGCCGGCCUCUGCUGACCCGUCCCGGCGCGCUGAGCCCUCGGAAGCGGCCCCUGGUCACCAUGAAGCUGCAGUCGCCCGAGUUCCAGUCCCUCUUCACCGAGGGGCUCAAGAGCCUCAUAGAGCUGUUUGCCCGCGAGGAGCACGAGCUGCGCAUCGCGGGCGGCGCCGUGCGGGACCUGCUGAGCGGCCGGGCGCCGCAGGACGUGGACUUCGCCACCACGGCCACGCCGGAGCAGAUGAAGGCGCUCUUCCAGGCGGCCGGCGUGCGGCUCAUCAACAACAAGGGCGAGAAGCACGGCACCAUCACGGCCAGGCUGUACGAGGAGAACUUCGAGAUCACCACGCUCCGGAUCGACGUGGUCACUGACGGCAGGCACGCCGAGGUGGAGUUCACCACCGACUGGCAGAAGGACGCUGAGCGCCGGGACCUCACCAUCAACUCCAUGUUCCUUGAUUUUGAAGGUACCUUGUAUGACUACUUUAACGGAUAUGAAGAUCUGAAAAAUAAAAAAGUUAGAUUUGUCGGACAGGCCAAACAGAGAAUACAAGAGGAUUAUCUUCGAAUUUUAAGGUAUUUCAGGUUCUACGGGAGGAUCGCGGACAGGCCCGGCGACCAUGACCCCGAGACCGUGGCUGCCAUCGCGGAGAAUGCCAAAGGCCUGGCCGGCAUCUCGGGGGAGCGGAUCUGGGUGGAGCUCAAAAAGAUUCUUGUUGGUAACCACGUGAACCACCUGAUGCAUCUCAUCUAUGACCUUGGCGUGGCCCCUCACAUAGGGCUGCCUGCAGAUGCAAGUCUGGAAGAAUUUAACAGAGUCAGUAAAUUCGUCGAAGGCUUUUCACCCAAGCCGAUGACUCUCCUGGCUUCGUUAUUCAAAGUACAAGAUGAUGUCACGAAACUGGAUUUGAGACUGAAGAUUUCGAAAGACGAGAAAAACCUUGGAGUAUUUAUAGUCAAAAACAGAAGAGACUUAGUUAAAGCGGUGGACAGUUCAGAGCCGUUGAAGCCCUACCAAGACUUUGUCAUAGACUGCAGGGAGCCGGACGCCAUGGCCCGCGUGUGUGAGCUGCUCAAGUACCAGGGCGAGCCCUUCCUGCUGCGCCAGAUGCAGCACUGGACCGUCCCGCCCUUCCCGGUCAGCGGCCACGACAUCAGGCGAGUGGGCAUCUCCUCCGGGAAGGAGAUCGGGGUCCUGCUGCAGCAGCUGCGCGAGCAGUGGAAGAAGAGCGGCUACCGCAUGGACAAGGAGGAGCUCCUGAGCUACGUCAGGAAGGCCGAGCACUGAGCAGCCCGCGGUCGGUAAGCCUGGCCGAUGGCGCCCGCCCCGGGAACUGCUGAGAAUAAAGGCUGUGUUUUGAGCAGAGCUGCUUCCCACGCACCUGCUUUCCGCACUAAACUCUGGUUCUUUUGUCAUAGUUGCUGCCCGUGUCUGGGAGAACAAGGACCCCCCCCAGCGGCUACCCUCCUCCUGUCCCAUGGGGGGGUGCCAGCGCGUGUCCCUCGGGUGACUCCGGGCUCUGCCCCCACUGAAAGGCCCAACCUUUCAGCGUUGUCUCUGCAGCUGCCGGCUUCCGGCAGCUUUGUGCUCUGACCAGCCCCCCUCCAGCCCAGCCCAGAGCCCAGACACAGUGUGACGAAGGGGCUGCAGGAGAGGGAGCACGGUGACGCACGGGAGGCCGACCAGAUCACAGACGUGGCCCUGGCAUCACGCGUCACGUAUGAGACACCACGUGCAUGCUAGUACACAGCAGAAAAUUUUAUUUGCAAUUGUCAGUAAACAAUAUAGAACAUUCUGUGAUCACACGGGGAGGGGCGAUGUCAAAGGGACCGUCCCUCACUGCCACUGGGAGACAGCUCGGGCUGCCCACGGGGUCCCACUGUCGGGAGCAGGACGCCCCUCUUUGGGAGGUGACUGGCGGGCUCAGGCCACAUGUCACCCAGCCUCCCAAACAGGAACGUUGGACUCCAGAGAGUGGGGCGACAACCCCAGGACGUCCGUCAUCAGUCCUUACAACAGACAUCAUUGCGUUCCUUUCAUUCACUCAUCUAUAAAUGAGUAACAUGAUAGUCAUCCUGUGUCUUAGUAGAGGAUAGUAAAACCUUUCUGUUUAGCAAGAGACAGAGCUUGACGAUCUGACAGUCUGUUGGACCUGGUCAGUCCCAAUGAUUCUGUGAGUGGAGGGGUACAGAACCAAAGUUGUCACACAGAGGACAGGCCCCAACCCUUCCAACCUACGUGGGAGCAGAGGUAGGUGGCAACCAGUCUCGUAAGAAUCACUUCGUACUUGUGUAUUAUUAUCUGCUUAUGAGUAGUUCACACUAUUUGAACAAGGAAUGAAUAAAGUAGCCUACAAAAUA